AUGCCCGUGCGAAGAGGUCACGUUGCGCCACAAAACACAUUCCUCGGAAUAAUAAUUCGGAAAUUUGAGGGUCAGAAUCGGAAGUUCGUGAUCGCCAAUGCCAGGGUGCCGAACUGUGCAAUCAUCUACUGCAAUGACGGAUUCUGUGAGAUGACAGGCUUCUCGAGACCGGACAUCAUGCAGAAGCCUUGCACCUGCGACUUCCUGCACGGCCCGCUGACCGACGCGGAGGCCAUCGGCCAGGUGGAGCAGGCCGUGCUGGGCUCGGAGGAGCGCAAGGUGGAGAUCACCUACCACCGGAAGGACGGGUCGGACUUUCAGUGCAACAUCCACAUCAUCCCGGUGAAGAACGAGGAGGGCACGGUGAUGAUGUUCAUCCUCAACUUUGAUUACAUCCACGAUGAAGGAAGCGAUGACUCCACCGAGAAGAUAAACCCCACAUCACCUGCCAAGGCCGAUCAAAGAAGGAGCAGAUUCUUCCGAUUUCGCCAGGCAGCUUUGAGCCUCAUGGGUACCAGCAAGCAGUCCCUUCCACAGGAGGACCCAGAUGCCGUAAUGGUGGACUCACCCAAAGAGAACGAGGACUCUGUGCCCCUGAGGAGCUUCCCGUCACCCACCAAGGGCAGCUGCAGCCCAACCGAUGCCAAUGACACACGUGCCCUCAUCGGCUCCAGCCACCACUCUUCCCAGGCCAGCGUAGGUCCAGAGCCGCUCGACCACUCGUCCCCUAAACCCCCCUGGGAGAAGCUGUACCAGACGGUGCAGCACCAGUCCUCUACCUCCCUGUCUAACACCUUCCCCAGAGGCAGCAUCAGCAGCAUGAGGCGAGCCUCCUCUGUCCACGACAUUGAGGGCUUCAGCUCCAACUCCAAAAGCCUGUUCAGAGACCGCCAUGCAAGCGAAGGUCCUUUUAAUCACCUGAAGUCCAGUCUGCUUGGCUCCACCUCUGACUCUAACAUCAACAAGUAUAGCACCAUCAACAAGAUCCCUCUGAUCGCGCUCAACUUCUCCGAGGGCAACGAAAAGAAGACCCAUUCUCCUCCAACGUCCGAUAAAACCAUCAUAGCGCCAAAGGUCAAGGACCGAACUCACAACGUCACGGAGAAAGUCACGCAGGUGCUGUCCCUUGGAGCUGAUGUGCUGCCGGAGUACAAACUUCAGACAGCUCGCAUCGAUAAGUUCACCAUCCUCCACUACAGCCCCUUUAAGGCCGUGUGGGACUGGCUGAUCCUGCUGCUGGUCAUCUACACGGCAAUCCUCACUCCUUACUCUGCUGCUUUUCUCCUCAAUGACCGGGAGGAGCAGAAAAGGCGCGAAUGCGGAUACUCCUGCAGCCCCCUUAAUGUGGUGGACCUAAUGGUGGAUAUCAUGUUCAUCAUCGACAUCCUCAUAAACUUCAGGACGACUUAUGUCAACCAGAACGAAGAGGUGGUCAGUCAUCCGGCCAAGAUAGCGAUCCACUACUUUAAAGGCUGGUUUCUCAUAGACAUGGUGGCGGCCAUACCCUUUGACCUCCUUAUCUUUGGCUCAGGAUCAGAUGAGACAACCACUCUGAUUGGCCUGUUGAAGACAGCUAGACUUCUGAGAUUGGUGCGUGUAGCCAGGAAGUUGGACCGCUACUCUGAGUAUGGAGCUGCAGUCCUCAUGCUGCUCAUGUGCAUCUUUGCCCUCAUUGCCCACUGGCUGGCCUGUAUAUGGUACGCCAUUGGGAAUGUGGAGAAGCCCUACUUGGAACACAAAAUUGGCUGGCUAGACAACCUGGGCGUGUCCAUAGGGAAGAGAUACAACUACAGCGAUCCUAGUUCUGGACCCUCCAUCAAGGACAAGUAUGUCACAGCACUUUACUUCACCUUCAGCAGUCUGACCAGUGUGGGCUUUGGAAAUGUCUCCCCCAACACCAACUCUGAGAAGAUCUUCUCCAUCUGUGUCAUGUUGAUCGGCUCCCUCAUGUACGCCAGUAUCUUCGGUAACGUCUCUGCCAUCAUCCAGCGGCUGUAUUCAGGUACAGCCCGCUACCAUGCUCAAAUGCUGCGGGUCAAGGAAUUCAUCCGCUUUCACCAGAUACCCAACCCACUGAGGCAGAGGCUGGAGGAGUACUUCCAACGCUCUUGGACCUACACCAACGGCAUCGACAUGAACACGGUGUUAAAAGGCUUUCCUGAGUGUCUCCAGGCAGAUAUCUGCCUGCACCUCAACAGGAAUCUUCUUCAGAACUGCAAGGCAUUUCACGGGGCCACCAAAGGCUGCCUGAGGGCCUUGGCCAUGCGCUUCCAGACCACACACGUUCCUCCAGGAGACACCCUGGUCCACAGCGGCGACGUUCUCACUGCUCUCUACUUCCUGUCACGUGGCUCUAUAGAGAUCCUGAAGGAUGACACGGUGGUGGCCAUCCUCGGAAAAAAUGACAUCUUUGGUGAAAUGAUUCAUCUAUAUGCCAAGUCUGGGAAGUCCAAUGCUGAUGUGCGAGCCUUGAGUUACUGUGACCUCCACACCAUUCAGAGAGAAGACCUGCUGGAGGUGCUGGACAUGUAUCCAGAGUUUGCCGACUUUUUCUUCACCAACCUGGAGCUUACCUUCAACCUCCGAGAUGAGAAUGCAACGGCCAACAAUUCCCAAGGCUGUGAUUCAGAUGGCGAGGGCACAAAGACCAAAAGAAGGAUCUCCUUCACACCGCAUCUUCCUAAAGGGGAAAGCAACAAGGAAGUGGAAAAUCAAUCUGGAAGGGAGAGGGAUUCUUACUCCUGCCUAAAGAAAGGUACGGAGGACCGCAGGGAUCCAGGAAAAGAGGAAUUGAGGUCUCUGAGCUCAGCAGUCCUGGGCUACUCCUCAGUCGAUGCCCAAGCCCGGAGCCUCGAUUCAAAUUCCACUGGACACCUCCAGGUCAGAGACAGCUUGGAGAGAAGCCCAUCCUUUGAAGAUUUGUGCGGUGAUAAAUGGGCCGGUGAGAAGCCUGCAGACUACCUGGAUGAGUCAGCACAGUUACGGGACAUGGGAGUGGAGAAUAAUUCUUCGAGUGAGAUCACAUAUGGAGAGGUGGAGCAGCGCUUAGAUCAGCUUCAAGAGCAUUUAAACAGGCUGGAGUCUCAGAUGACGUCGGAUAUUCAGAGUAUCCUACAGUUGUUGCAGAGGCAGUCCACCCCGGGACCCCCAGCCUACAGCAGUGUGACUGACAGUCCAGACUAUCAGAGGCCUGCUGUGAAGGUCCAGCCUGUCGCUGCUGUGACUGCCAGCCAAUUCCUCAGCCAUUCUGCAGCCCCGGGUCCCAACCAUAAGACGGAGAGGACCCGUCACGAAUCCAAAGAGUCUGCGUCGUACUCGGCUCACACCAAUGCACCCAUAGAAGACAGCCUUACAGCAAUACUCGCACAAAGACACACGCAGCCACGGCAAAAGCGUCAAAGACAACAACAGCAGCAGCAGCAGCAGCAGAUCAUAAGGCAUCAGCAUUCUGAAGUGAUCCUUCUUCCUGCUCAAAUCUCUUCCUCAUCCUCAUCUUCCUCUCCCCCAUCCGACUCCAACCUCGGCACCACGGGGCUCCACAGACCUGCCUCAGACCCAGGAUUUCCAAGGCCAUAGAUAUCCUUCAUGGGCACACGUUAAAGUGUUCUUAUA